UAGAAACACUGCAGUCAUCAGUUUCCUAUUAGACUUCGACACCAAUGGAGCCAAACUAAAGUGCAAAAUGUUUUAUUUACUUUUGGUGUUGUUGUUUUGCAAACCAGUUUUCACGUUCUGUCCGGACGGCUGUGGUUGCGAUGAAGAGAAAAGUUUAGUAACAUGCAUCAGAACAAAGCUAGAGGUUAUGCCGAUUAGUUUGAACCCUGGGAUCCGAACCCUCAUCCUUAAAUACAACGUGUUCCAUACAGUAGACGCUAGCUUCAACUUCUACCCUAAGCUGGAGUUAGUUGAUCUAUCCAACAAUGGGAUUGUUUCCAUCCCAGACCGUGGAUUCAAGUCUCAACGAUCCCUUCUGGAUCUCCGAUUGAAUGAUAACAAGAUUUCAGAGCUGAACGCUGAAACCUUCCAUGGACUUGGUAAACUCAAAAGUCUUGAGCUGAGGAAGAAUUUUAUUGAGUCUCUUCCUGGUUUUAUUCUCCAGGAGCUGAUUGAGCUGGAGAUUCUGGAUCUAGGGAAGAAUAGGAUCUCUAGAAUAAGCCCUGAAGCCCUGACAGGUUUAACCCAGCUCCGUGUACUCAAGUUAGAUGACAAUAAUCUGAACCGAAUACCGGAGGGAAUAGAAAACCUUCCCAACCUAGCGGAGUUGCACCUCAACAGGAAUAAGAUCAGGGUUGUUCCAGACCGGUCCCUUCUCCUUCCAACCCUCUCCUAUCUUGAUCUCAGCAGUAACAUGAUUGAGAGGAUUCAUGAGAAAGGUUUCGAUAAACUUGUGGAUCUCCGAACCUUGAAACUCCAGGAUAACAAUCUGUACGAGGUUCCAAGCACCGCGUUGGUAUCUCUCAACUCCCUGGAAACCCUGUAUAUUGGACAGAACAUGUUUUCUAGGAUACAAGAGGAAUCCUUCUCCUCUCUCCGUAGAUUACGUAAACUUGACGUAUCAGGGUGUCCCUCGCUCACACACAUUGAAAACUUUGCCUUCACUCAGAAUUCUGAUUUAAAGGAAGUGACCAUUGCAUCGAAUAAACAGCUGGGCACGAUCCAACCCGAGGCGUUCCUGGGGGUACCAGAUCUGGAACGUGUAGAUAUAAGUAACAACGCCCUGGAACACAUACCUAGUGCCCUACUACCCUGGCAGAGACUUGUACAUUUCCAGAUCUCAGGAAACCCGCUCCACUGCGACUGCGCAAACUUCUUCCUUAAGGAUAUCAUCUACUCCAUCGUGAACAGUAGUGAGACUGUUCGAGUUGUGAGAUGUUGGACUCCGGCCUAUCUCAGAGACCAGGAUUUAGCCCUGCUUGAACUAGAGUGUGAUAUCACGAGUAGUUCAAGGAUUGAGGAUACAGAUAUCCUUACUGUUAUCAUAGUUGCCACAAUAGUUUCAGUCUUCCUGGUUCUCUCUCUUCUUCUCCUCUUCGUCCGACUCCGACGUUCCAAAUAUGGAACUCAAGUUCCUGUAAAAGAUAAGGAUAUCUUACAGUAUGAAGAGACUGAACCCAGAUACGUUUCUCCGUUCUCCGUUAAACCCCAUGUUGUCUCCAACCCAUACCAGGAAACUCUGAUCAGAAAUGAGCAGUAUUUCGCGACCCUGGCCAGAAUGGAUCCUGGUUUCUCUGAGCACAAGUUUAACAGAAUUGAACCUGUAUACCAAACAAGACUAGAGUCUGAUUAUCAGACUAGGUUGGAGCCUCUAUACCAGGCCAGACUGGAGCCAGUUUACCGAGAACAGAUCUAUACAGAUCCGAACCAGAUCUCUAAUGCUGGGACUCUAGUCAGGAUUAAUCCUAAAUCCCACUACGAGGAUCCAAUCUCUAUACUUUAGACUCUAUACAGAGGGGAUUACAGAGAUAUUCAUUAGCAUUAUAGUUUCAGUUUGGAGACAAACUACUUUUACAAAUCAUUCAUUCAGUUACACCUAGAUGCAUAGAUGCUUAGAUGCAUAUAUAGUUACAUCCAACCCUAGCCGAACAUUAGACAAGAAAACUUAGAUUUUUAGAAUUUAAAGUCGAUAGUUUUCAUAAAAUUAGGCUAGACAGCCUGUAUAUGCAGGAGGGGCUGGAUUAAUGCAAUUUUCAUGCUCUCUCUCUCUCGCUCUCUCUUUACAAUUAUCUUGUUCUCGCAAAUUUCGUACAGAUCUCAGUAUAAACGUUCCAAGGUUUCAAACCAGAGCAGAAUUUGUCUGCCGACAUUCUGUUGGUAAAUGGUAUUUUUUUUGCAACUAAAACAUGCAUUGCUUACUGUACGUACAGUACAUGCAUACAGUACAGUACAGUACAGUACAGUAUAGAACAGUACAGUACAGUACAGUACAGUACAUGCAUUGUUUACUGUACGUACAGUAGUUAGACUGAGAUCUGUGAAUUUACUAAGCAAUACAAUUGCUCAAAGCUGUGAUAUAUAUUUAUCUAAUUAAUUGAAUUAUAAUUUAAUUCUUCAUUGUUUCGUUAAAUUUAAAUUAAUAAA